AUGACACUUAGUUCGCUUAUACUCAAGGCGGUUCUUCUAGGUGUUCUGGGCGCUCUGGAUAGUGGACGGAGCACUCGUGCGUGUUCAGUUCCUGACAUCCGUGGAAAGAAUGGAAGCGAGCCCAGAAAGGUCAUCAAGGUUAACAGCAGGAAGAAUAAAAGACUCCCGUGCUGGAUCAAGAUCAUUGAUCCGAACCAAACGUUAAAGUAUUACUGGCUCAAGGACAAUCAGACACUCAGCGGAGGUCAUCAACGUACAGUCAGACGCUCACAGUUCGUCAUUAGAUACCUAAGGAUACGAAAGGCGAAGAAAGAGGACGCCGGCUUUUACACCUGUGUCGUGGUGAGCGACUGCGGCGAAAGUAAUCACACAAUACAGCUCAUUGUUAAAGAAGCCAAAACCUGCAAAGCAAACCAGUUUACUUGUGCCGAUAAGAGUUGUAUUUCAUUGUUUUGGAAGUGUGAUGGUCGUCAUGAUUGCCAUGAUAGGUCAGAUGAAAAUGGAUGUCCAACAACGGCUCCCCUGGUUUGUUCAAAAGAAAUGUUUCGCUGUGACGGAGACUGCAUACAAGGUCAUUUGCAAUGUGAUGGAAAAAACGAUUGUGCAGAUGGAUCCGAUGAGAGAGGAUGUGCUGCACCCCAGUUGAGGCGGUCGUCUCCUCCAAGGCUCGUUGAACAAAUGAGACAAAAGGAAGUCAAGCUGAUCUGUAACGUGAGCGAUGCUAAAAAUUACAUUUGGUAUACGGAUGAAAGAAAGAUUCAUCUGCCCUCUGAUCGGUAUUUUGUAAAAUCACAUUGGUAUCUGCAAAUUACGGACGUUCUUAAAUCGGACAGUGGAACGUUUGUUUGCUUGGCUUCCAAUAGCUAUGGAAAAUUAAAUUGCACAGUGAGGUUGAUUGUUGAAGAUCCAACAGCUUCACCUACAAAUGUUUUAGGAGAUGAGAAGACUCGCGAUGCUCUUGUCCCCGGAAUCGUCUCGGCAGGCGUGCUAAUUACCGUAGCUGUUUUGUCUUUUAUCUGCUGGCGCCGUCGAUCUCGAACCAAGGAGCCCGUGAAUGGUCCAAUUUCAGUGUCAGAACUUGAAUUUGAAUACGACGCGUUCGUUAUUUUCAGCUCCCAAGACUCGGAUUGGGUGACUAAAACUCUAAUUCUAACUUUGGAAGAAAAGCACGGUCUUAAAUGCUGUGUACACUACAGAGAUUUCGUUGUCGGAGUACCUUUUCGUGAAAAUAUGGUCAACAGUGUUUACAAGUCAAGAAAAACAAUAGCUGUCGUGUCUAAUAACUUUUUCAAUAGCAAUUAUUGCGGUUUUGAAAUGGAUUACGCCCUUCACCGACUCAUGGAAAGGAGAGAUAACAGUUUAGUCGCCAUCAAACUUGAUGAUGUUGACAGAGGAAAACUCCCAAAGGAGCUGCGAGAAAGGAGCUUCAUAGACCUUUCAAAGAAUAUUGAAAAGGAACACUGGGAAAGAAAAUUGGUUAAAUGUUUAACGAUUCCUAGCGAUUUGUCACAGGAACAGAUUAUGUAACAAGCUUUUGGAUAUUAAGUUUUAACUACUUUUGUAUGUGCGGUAACUAACUCCAAACGUGACGCUGUAUAAGUAUAUAAAUAAUAUUUAUCAUUUGCGCUGAAUAACCAAAUUUACUUUGUGCUUUCCCUUCAAUUCCUUAUGCUUUCAGGUGAGACAUCGCUUGCCCACGCUGUAAGUGUUAUUAAGUAGUCUUGUAGCAAAACCGAAGAGAUUCGUAUUGAAACAGGAGAAGGCGACUGUAACUAAUGUGUUUAGAGAUCAGGAGGGCAAUAGGUCUUUUUCAUCGGGUAUCUACCUUUUUUAAGUGAAUUCGAACUUUGUGGCCAUAUUAUUGUAAAAUCGUAAGAUCUUGUGAGACCUUUGAUGAAGUCAUCAUA